CUGGAACAUUAUCAACAGCAGUCAGUAUUUUAUUGUUAUGGCUGCUUCAUCAGCAAGAUAUGCUUUAAGAUGGAAAUCUGGCAGCAUAUUAAAUCGAUUACCUGGACACUAUAAACGUCAUAGAAUGGAUCUAGAGAAACCCCCAAGUCCAGUUCAUUACAGGGAAGAACCAGCUAUUGCCGGCCACUGGAAGAAAGAUCCAGAAACUGGAGAAAAGAAGAGAGUAGAAAAUGUUCCAAUUCCUCUUAUUUUUCCAAAGGAAGCUGAUGCAGGAAUCUGGGGAGGAGAAGGAAUUAUCAAGGGUUUCCAAAAGAGGAAACCACAGUCACAGAAGGUUCCACAUUACUGGAUACCUGUAUUAAAGCAAGCUGUGGUGUAUAGUGAGAUCCUAGACAAGUACAUGACAGUCACAGUCACAGAAAGAACAUUGCAGUUAAUUGAUGAGCACUACGGAUUUGACAAAUACAUACUGGAGACACCUGUACAAGACUUGAAGUCUCAGCUUGCACUGGACCUGCGACGAAAGAUGUUGUUAACAUUAGUCCGCCGAGAAAUGUAUGAAGAUGAUGAAACCAAACGAGAACAGAUUUAUGAAAAAUAUAAGAACUUCAUUAUUCCA